GGGAGUCAAUGAUAGACUUUUUCUCAACGGAUAACUACGGUAUAGUUCUACGCAAAAUAAUCAGCGUUUUCAAACCCUAUAUUGCAUUGAAAGGGGGCUUGCAGAUGUUCGUGCAAGCUGAACGUGGGGAUUGCCAAUUUCUAAAGAGAUGCGUGCAGCCACUUCUCAGUGCUUCACAGUUACAGACACUGCAGCAUUCCAAAGUGUAUGUAGCGCCACUGCAGGAUGAAACCAUUCCCAUUACAAACGCUCAACAAGCAUCUUACAAUGUCGAAUGCCUCGAAUGCGGAACAACUAUUGAUGCACUGGAGCUGGCGGCUCAUCAUUCUAUAUGUAAAGACAGACUUUACGAGUUAGGAUGA